GUGGCGCGAUAUCUCAACUUUAAUUGUUGUCUUCAUGCUGUUAAUAUCUUUGAUCAAAAAAUAAAAAAAUAAAGAAAAUCUAUAAAAAUGUUUGGUGAAAAAUGUGUCGAUCUAAUCAAAGAAUCGACCCGUGAUAGUUCCGAACUAAUCGCUCCAUACAAUCAGAUGAUGGUUAACGAAGUUUUCGAUGAGAUGCGUUUGAUUAGCCAAACAUUAUUCGAAUCACUUAAUUCGGACAAUGAACAAGCACCAACAAGUGACGAGCAGCAAAGUAAUUAUGAUAGCCAGAAUCGUCUCCUGGUCAACAAAGUAUAUCUACGUGCUUUUCUCUGGAACAAACGAUGUCUGCUUGCCUAUCAUCAUCAUCGAUUGGAACGAUUAAAAAAAAUUCGUUGGCAAUUGGGUGCUAUAUUACCUGAUGAAGUAAAAUGUAAUCUAUCAGAAGAUGAAAUCAAAUGGUUUGCUGCUUAUUCACGAAAUCUUUCGGAUUACAUGAAUCGUUUGAACGAUAACAAAGGUAUCGAUCUGACAUUGAUGCGUAAUCCACCGAAAAAAUUAUAUGUUCAGGUUCGUUGUAUCAGUGAUUAUGGACCACUUGAAUUGGAUGAUGGAAAUACCGUUGUUCUUAGUAAGGAUAGUAUGCAUUAUCUACCGUUAUCCAAAUGUGAGAAAUUAAUUCAUCAAGGAGUGUUGGAACAAAUUCAAUAAUUUUAUUUAUGUCAAUUUUGUUACAAUUAAUCAACAAAGAAUAAA